CUGACAUUUAUAGAGUAACUGUAGCAACCAGACAACGGAGAUGAAAACAGAAGAGAAACAACUACUAACAAGGCGGUAACAUCGUGUCGCCGCACAAGAGGAUCCAGACCAAACGAAUGAAAGUGAAAGCGACAGAUUUCCUGUUUCUGAAGCCUUGUGCUUAACAUGGAGAACAACAGCAAUGAAGAUGAUGUACAGGCAGAGCUGGCCUCUGUUGAGCUGGAGCUGGAGGAUGUGGAGCAGCAGAUCGCCGCCCUGCUGGACAGACAAAGCGAGCUGAACUCGCGGAGGGCGCGCCUGCUCAAGUCUCUGUCCUCUGAUGGGGAGUCCGCGUCGCCUGGCUCCUCUCAGCCCUCCAAGCCAAGCCUCAGCAAGCAGGAGUUGCAGAGUUUCAAGAACUCAGAUUUCCCCUGGUCUAAAGAAGUGCAGGAGAAGCUGGGCUCCACAUUCAAACUGGCCAAGUUUCGACCCCUCCAGCUCCAGGCCAUAAACCUCAGCAUGUCUGGGAAGGACCUCUUCCUCGUCAUGCCAACAGGCCGAGGGAAGAGUCUAUGCUACCAGCUCCCAGCUGUGUGCUCCAAAGGUUUUACACUAGUGAUAACUCCACUGCUGUCUCUAAUGGAGGAUCAGCUCAUGUAUCUGGAAUCAGUCGGAGUUUCUGCUGUCUGCCUCAACGCCUCCAGCACAAAGGAACAUGUCCGCUCGGUGAUGACGGGAUUGACCGACAAAGACUGCCCCUUCAAACUGCUGUACGUGACUCCGGAGAAGAUCGCCAAGAGCAAGCAGCUGAUGGCCAAGCUGGAAAAGGCUUACAACCUGGGCCUGCUGGCACGCUUCGCAGUGGACGAGGUGCACUGUUGCAGUCAGUGGGGACAUGACUUCAGGCCAGACUACAAGCUGUUGGGCAUCCUGAAGAGGCAGUUUCCCAAAGUGCCCUUACUGGGCCUGACCGCCACGGCCACCAGCAGUGUGGUGAAGGACUGCCAGAAACUCCUCUGCAUCCCGGACACCACCACCCUCACCGCCCCCUUCAACCGGCCCAACCUCUUCUACGAGGUACGCUACAAAGAUCCCCUGAAUGAAGAUUCAAUCAGCCAAAUCGCCUCCCUUAUCAAAAGCAAAUACAAGGAUCAGUCAGGUAUUGUGUAUGUGUUGUCUCAAAAGGACGCUGAGAAUGUGUCUGCAGACUUGCAGAAGCAGGGCAUCUCGGCGCAGCCGUACCACGCCAACAUGGAGCCCAGCUACAAGUCCCGUGUCCACAGGCACUGGACCAACAAGAAGGUCCAGGUUGUAGUUGCAACGGUGGCCUUUGGAAUGGGCAUUGAUAAAGCUGAUGUUCGCUUUGUGAUCCACCACUCCAUGAGCAAGUCCAUAGAGAAUUACUACCAGGAGAGUGGCCGAGCAGGAAGGGAUGACAACCCAGCCGAUUGUAUUGUUUUUUAUGGCUAUCAGGACAUCUUUAGGAUCGCCACCAUGGUAGUCAUGGACCACACUGGGCAGCAGAAGCUGCAUAACAUGGUGGCCUACUGCCAAAAUGCAGACAAAUGUCGGCGCGCCACCAUCGCUGUGCAUUUUGACGAGGUUUGGGAUGACGAGGACUGCAAUGAGAUGUGUGAUAUCUGCCGCCAAGGCAACGACUACAUCGCAGUGGACAUCACCAAGCAUGCCCGCGAGGUGCUGAAGAUCGUGGAGCUGGCCGGCUCUCUGGACGAGAAGGUGACCCCACUGAAGGUGUCCGAGACGUGGCUGGGCAAGGGCCCUGCCAAACGACGGCAGAUGAUCCAUGUGACCACUCUGUCCCGCGUGGAGGCCGAGGCCAUCAUCGUUCACCUGCUGCUGCAGGGCUACCUCUGCGAAGACUACAGCUUCACCCCAUACACCACCUACUGCUACCUGAAGCCCGGCAGGAAGGCUGCACUGCUGAAGAGCGAGGCUCACUCCAUCACCAUGAAGAUGAAGAGGACCCUACCAGGAGGCCUUCAAGAGAGUCCAGAGGGACCAGAGGAUGUCAUUUCAGCUAACUUAGUUACAGUAUUAGAGGGCAAUGGAAGGUUAGAUAAAAUACACAAGAAUCAUCAAAAUCAGGCCAGAAAAGUGGAGAAUGGUUGCAUUGAGAUCCCCUCUUGUGAAGAACCAAACCUUAAAGUGUGGGAAUCUGCCGUCAUUGAGGUUGACGUGGAAAUUAACGUCAUAGAAACAAAUGAUGUCGGUAAAGAGGGAAGUGAGCCAAAAUGUGUCGAUCCAGAACCUCUCAAAAUUACGCCAAAACGAAAAUCAACCACUCCGAAAAGAAGGCGGCGGCAGACCCCUGUGGGGGGCAGUGUGGGAGCGUCUCUUCCUCCGAAGCCGCCGCCCCUCGUCAACUCACCCUCGCGGGUGUCAAUCAUCUCCGACACCGCCGCGGAGGAGCUUUGCGAUCUCCAAAGCUACUACAACCGCCAGCUGCGCAGAAUAAACUACGUUUCCCAUGAACACCUGCAGGAGGCCCACCCUGGGGUGCUGACCUGUAUUCGUGAACCUUUCAGAAACCUCCGUUUACCCUUCCGCUCCACCAUUACAAAGAGUGCACGAGACCUGUGGACUCGCGUUAGUAUCAGGAGAAAGUUGAUCACAAGGUGACAACAGAAGAUACAUUUCCUAUAUUGCUCUAUCAUUUCCAUGUUCUGCACUACUUGAAUAGAGGACAACUGCCACUAUAUGAAGAAAAAUAUUGUUAGCGGUCAUAUUAUUGCUUUUGAAUAAAUAUGUCACUGUUAUGUACAUCUUAGUUUAUUUACCCAAUGCUUUUGAGGCAUUUACGUUUUGAUUAUAAAAGAGAGGGAAGUAUGCAUUAA